AUGGCCAUGGACCUGACCGAAAGUGCGGAGCCGGAUCAAUCCGAUGCCCCGUUGAACCACAAAGGACUUGCCAAGCUGAAAUUUACUUCCCAACCUAAUGUGGUAGAGUCCAGAAUAUCGCUACCCGCCGAUCCCGAAGAAUCCAUCUUGUUGGAACAUAUCACCGACGAACCUACGCACAUUGACGACUUGGUCCGCCUCUGUAAUCGCCCAGUCGCGGAGGUGAGUAGCCUGCUCGCCAUGCUCGAAUUGAAGGGGCUGGUUCAAUCGGUUAGCGGAAUGCACUACAAACUGCUCAUCUGA